AUAGAGUGUACCUACUUGUAGAAAGCACAGUAAUAAAGAAAUAUUUCAUCCUGAUAUUCAUCAGAAUUUCACUGAACCCACACUAACUGUACUCCACGAGGUUUCUCGCUAAAGUAUGGUAGACCUCCAUUGCCAACACCUCAAUUUCUGUAAAACGAAACUCCACCGGGGCCAACUUCCAUUGUAGGUGUUUUAUGCUGCUGCCGCCACAUACCAAAACAGUACAAACGUUGAUCUCUGUGUUGCAACUUCACUCUUCUCAGGCUUUAUAGUUAAGACGAAUAGAAAGCCAUGGCUGUCCACCAGCAGCAGAUCACCACUGUAACAACCACCCAGAGGUCCGGGGAUUGGAGCACAGGACUGUGUGACUGCUGCUCUGACAUGGGCACCUGUUGCUGUGCCUUGUGGUGCUUCCCCUGUUUGCAGUGUCAGACGGCCUCCCACUUCGGCUGGUGUCUCUGCAUGCCCCUCCUGGACCCAUGUGCCUUUCUGGCUGUCUCCUGCUGCAUGCGCUCCUCCAUGAGAGAACGCUACGGCAUCCAGGGUUCGACGUGUGGAGACGCCGCAUUGGUGUGUUGCUGCUACGUCUGUACCUGGUGCCAGAUGGCUCGUGAGGUUAAGACGCAGACCACAUCAUGCCCCCAACAGGUUCACGUGGUCACCCAACAGGUUCGCAUGGCUUAGGACCCCAAAAUAAGGGUAGGGCCUAGAUGGCCAUUCUAGAAGGGUCUUAACUGCUGAGCAAGAACUGCUGAGCAAGUGCUUUACUAACUUUUUGCUCCUUAUAUUGUGUAAAGGUUAAGGAUAGGGCUAACAGUUUGGGUUUGUGGUUGAAAAAUUACACAAUUUCAUAAUUUCUAGCAUAGCCAAAUAGUUAUGGCCAAGAAAGAGGGCCAUAUCGAGAUAGAAUACCAUUCCAGUCUAUAGCAAACAUAUGUUGAAUGUACUGCAUACUUCAGAUGUGUCUGUAGGAGAGACAUUUUAUACCAUUUACUCAUCUCAUAGUAACCAUUGAAUGUUAAUCUCAGGCUUUAAAGGUCCAGUGCAGUCAAAAACGUGAUUUGGCUGUGUUUUAUAUAUAUUUCCACACUAUGAGCUUGGAAUAAUACUGUGAAAUUGUGAAAAUUAUGAUAAUGCCCUUUUAGUGUAAGAGCUGUGUAAAAAGACCACCUGAAAUGUCCCCCUGUUUUGGUAGGAGGGAGUUUUGGCCUUCCAUGGUGACAUCACCAGGCUGUAAAUGAGUUAAUAGACCAAUAAGAAAGAGAGUUCCAAACCUUUCUGCCAAUAACAGCAAAUUGUCAGUUUUCCCCUCCUCACUUAAACCACACCCAGACAGUCCUAACAAAAUCAUUGCCUGAGAAAUUGCUCUUUGCUAAGAAGCUAUUUUUGUAUAUUUUUACAAUUUUAAUUGAAAACAAUCACGUUAAGGUACUUAAUUGUUACCCAGAAAUGAUUUGAUGUUGAAAUAAAAAUGGCUGCAUUGGACCUUUAAACAUUUCUUUUACAGUUUAAUAUGUAGGCUACUUGCUUUUCUUGCACACUUUCACUUGUCUUUUAUUACUAGCCCUGACUUUGCUGAUAGUUACUCUACUGAGAAAAAGUUUGGUUGUCUUAUUUGGUUGUCUUACCUAGCUACCUAAAGAUGAGUGCUCUAGAUAAGUGUUAAAUGACUAAAAUGUACUGUAAAUGUAAAAUGCUUGAACCAUGAUUCAAACGGCAACAACAUUUCAAAUGGAAUAUUAUAUAUAAAUGAUAAUAUAUGCCAUUUAGCAGACAUGCGUGCAUAAAUAUAACGUACCAGUGGUCCCGGGAAUCAAACCCAUUAUCCUGGUAGCGCAAUCCUCUACCAACUGAGCUACAGCGGAACACUGUUUUCUCCGUUGCUUUGUCCUUGAUUUCACCUGCUUGUUCAAUAAGUGUUUUUAAAUAAAGUAUUUACACGUCUUACCUUUA